CUGUGCCUGUGUUGUACAGUUCGUACGGUAACUGAGGAAACAUCAAGAGCAGAGCAGUCUGUCCGGCCCCGCUGCCUGACAGCCUCAGCCGAAAGUCAACGAUUCAUCCGAUGGCGUUGGAAAAACAAAGAGCAGUUUCAUUUGUAAGCGGUUUGAUUGGCGGCAGCGAUUCCAAGCCGUGUUUUCCUGAUCCGAAAAUGAAGUUUACCUCCAGCUUUCCUCAGUCUCCAGCCACAUCCGAUGCAUUUCUUCUGUCGCUUCCCCAUAUCGGCCGAGCCGAUGCAGCACUUCCCUGUGAUGCGGCACCAUUUUAUGGAUUCUGACAUGGACUAUGAGAGGCCAAAUGUCGAGACUAUCAAGUGUGUGGUGGUUGGAGACAACGCAGUUGGAAAGACCCGUCUUAUCUGUGCCCGGGCCUGCAAUGCGACGCUUACACAGUACCAGCUACUUGCCACACAUGUGCCCACUGUCUGGGCAAUAGAUCAGUACAGAGUCUGCCAGGAGGUUCUAGAAAGGUCCAGGGAUGUGGUGGAUGAUGUCAGUGUGUCCUUGCGUCUCUGGGACACUUUUGGCGACCAUCACAAGGACCGCAGAUUUGCGUAUGGCAGGUCUGAUGUGGUGGUGUUGUGUUUCUCCAUUGCAAACCCAAACUCGCUCCACCAUGUGAGGACGAUGUGGUACCCUGAGAUCAAGCAUUUCUGUCCCAGAGCUCCUGUUAUCCUAGUGGGCUGCCAGCUAGACCUGCGGUACGCCGACCUGGAGGCAGUGAACAGAGCUCGCCGGCCACUGGCCAGACCCAUUAAAUCCAAUGAGAUAUUGGCGCCAGAGAAAGGCCGUGAGGUUGCUAAAGAACUAGGCGUCCCUUAUUAUGAGACCAGCAUAGUUGCUCAGUUUGGGGUUAAGGACGUUUUUGACAAUGCCAUCCGUGCAGCCCUCAUUUCCCGCCGUCAUCUCCAGUUCUGGAAGUCACAUUUACGAAACGUUCAAAGACCACUCCUCCAAGCCCCCUUCCUUCCCCCUAAACCCCCUCCACCUAUUAUCUCCGUUCCCGCCCCUCCCAGUAACAUCGAAGAACACCCCAGUCGGCUGUUGGAGGACCCGCUCUGUGCCGACGUCAUCUUAGUCCUCCAGGAACGCCAGAGGAUCUUCGCCCACCGCAUCUACCUUGCCACAUCUUCUUCCAAGUUCUACGACCUCUUCUUGACUGAACCUCGGGGUCCUGAGGAGACCGAACGGGAGCGGGAAAGACCCCGAGGGCCACCACUUUGUGGCCGCGAUUUGCUGAUGCGUGCAGCUAGUUUUGACGUUUGUGAAAAUAGCGAUGAUGGAGAUAGAGCAAACUUGCGUGCCUGCACCAGUGAUGGAACUCUAAAAGGCGACGGAGACCGUCGUGGUCGUCUACUCCCAGCCUUGAGUCGUGCUUUCAUUAGCAUCCAAGAAGAAAUGGUGGAUGACCCCGUCACUUUCAACCCUAGAAAAAUGACUGUUGUGCACAUGGACCCUUCAAUGCAGCCCGGUCCAUUCCGAUCUGUGUUGCGGUACCUGUAUACAGGUAAACUAGACGAGCGGGAGAAGGAGCUAAUGCAGGUGGCCCACAUCGCAGAGCUGCUGGAAGUGUUUGACCUCCGUAUGAUGGUGGCUAACAUCCUGAACGAUGAGGCCUUCAUGAAUCAGGAGAUCACCAAGGCCUUUCACGUGAGACGCACCAAUCGAGUGAAAGAAUGUCUGGCCAAAGGGACCUUCUCUGACGUGGUGUUCAGGUUGGAUGAUGGCACCAUUAUGGCCCAUAAACCACUGCUCAUCUCAAGCUGUGAUUGGAUGGCAGCCAUGUUUGGUGGACCAUUUGUGGAGAGCUGUACAAAAGAGGUGCUGUUUCCAAACACUACGCGGAGCUGCAUGCGUGCUGUGCUGGAGUAUCUCUAUACUGGCUGCUUCUGCUCUCGCCCAGAUCUGGAUGCCAUGGAACUCAUUGUACUUGCGAACCGUCUCUGUCUGCCUCACCUGGUAGCGCUGACAGAGCUGUACACUGUGAAGGUACUGACAGAGGCUGCCAUGAUGGGAGCUGAUAUAGAUGGAGAUGUUCUGCUCUAUCUGGACAUGGCCCAGUUCCACUGUGCUCAUCAGCUGACUGACUGGUGCCUUCAUCACAUCUGCACCAACUACAACAGAGUCUGUCGCAAAUUCCCCCGUGACAUGAAAGCCAAAUCUACAGAAAACCUGGAGCACUUUGAGAAGCAUCGCUGGCCUCCUGUGUGGUAUCUGAAGGAAGAAGAUCACUAUCAGCGGGCACGCAAGGAGCGUGAGAAAGAAGAUUACCUGUACCAAAAGCGUCAGUGUAAACGCAAGUGGCUCUUCUGGAAUCUACCAUCUUCACCUUCCUCCAAUUCUCCAUCUUCUCCUGGUUCCUCUGCAGUCAUCUGAUCAGCUCUCAGGGUGCACGACCCACCUAACAGCCCUAAAUGUGGGAUAUAAACACAUUACAAGGAAUGAUAGCCUUUUUCAACUCUAGAAGAUUACCUAUUCACAUUUUCCGUUGAGCAAAAUGCCCAAGCCCUGCUUUUAGCUGCUGAAGAACACGCAAAAAUGAAACAGGAUGGAGAACAUAAGUCUAAGCAACACAAGGCUUUGAUUAAAAGCACAUUGUUCAGUCUUUCUUCUAUACUGGUUGGAUUUGUCAUCAAAUCAGCUUUGACGACCUCCUGGGACAUCAUAUCCUGCGGUGGUAGAGCGCUGCUCAGUUUGCUGUUUAAAGACAAUCUCCGCUUAGCAUCGGUUCCCCAAACAUAACCAUAUCUUCAUCUGUAUAGAAAAAUACAUGACAGGACUGCACAUAUUCAUAACUUGAAAUGCUAAUAAGUGCUUUCAGCUCUAAAGGACGAGAACACAGGAACGUUUUAGAGCAACCAGCAAACAUGAAUUCCUCAUUGUUUUGGUAAUCUACAAUCAAACCACUUCAACAGACCGACGUUCUCAAGAAUCAAAAGGUGUCCACCGUUCAACAUCUAAAGGUAUUACUAUUGUGACAUUUAAAGGUUGAUGUCUCGUGGAGGACCUUGUGCGGACGUGACUCCACAGAACCAGAUCAGUCCGUAACCUUGUUGCGGGUUCAGUGUGAAGUUAAGCUAUAUCGACAUUUUCAGUGGCAUAACAUUGAUUGCCACAGAAAAAGUAAUUGUCGGUUCUUUAAUGCAUUUACAAUGAAAAUAAACAGGGCCAGGCAAUAAACAUUAUAAAUGCACACCAGACAGAGUACAGCCACAAAACUUAAAGUUGCAUUGUAACUAAAGUAUUGACAGAUUGUUUCAUCUGUAUUGUGACACCCAUCUGAAAAAAAUGAAUAAUAUGUAAUUUUUAAGAAAUAGAUAGAUCUAUAGCUAGACAAAAAUAGAUAGAUAGAUAGAUAGAUAGAUAGAUAGAUAGAUUCUAAAAAAAGUAGUAUAGAUAAAAGGAUUGGAAACAAAAAAAAAAAAAAAAAGUGAAUCAUAUUCUCUGAUAUGCUAUCUUGCAAAUAAAUGUAUCUUGUUUUAAGGAUGUUAAAGUAUUUUACCGUAAAACAAGACAGAUAUACUAAUUAAGAACUUUUCAUACACUCACAGAAGUUGAUAAUUUCUUACCAGACGCUCAUCAGCCUAGAAAAGUAGUUAAACAAUAAAAAUAACAAUUUUAUAAGAAUAGUUCAUUCAAGUUCUUUAAUAUUGAGCUUCACAUUUCUUCACAUUUAUAUCCUUACAGGUUGCCAUUUUUUGCAGGACUUGAUUCUAUGCAUUGGCUUAAAAAGUUUCAAGGAGAAGUCCACUUCCAGAACAACAAUUUACAAAUAAUGUAAAUGUCAUCUCAAAUGCUCAUCUUGUCUUGCUCUCCCUGAACUCUGUGUAUUCUGGUUCAUGAAAGUUAGGGUAUGUCGUAAAACUAUCGUAUCGUAUUUUCUCCCUCAACUUCAAAAAUCAUUUCAAAAUCAUCCUACAUUGCUGCAGAAGUUCCGACCCAGUCUUUACAAAGUGAACAUGCAAAGAAAUUUAAACACCCUUAACAAAAAACGUAAAACAGCGAUACAGGAUGAUUUUGAAGUUGAGGGAGAACAUGAGAUGGGAGUUUUUUGACAUACACUAACUGUCAUGAACUGGAACAAAAAACAGAGGUAAGGAAUGUCAAAACAAGACGAGCAUUUGACAGUAAAAAGUAUAUAAAUUGUAUUAUUUUUAUGAAAAUAACCAAUCGUUUCGCUAGAUAAGACUAUAUAUCAAAUUAUAUAAUUUGUAAUAAAUUAAUAAUAUGUAUAAUAAUGUUAUAUGUAUCAGUCCAUUAUAUGGAGAAAAAUGCUGAAAUGUUUUCUUUAAAAACAACUUCUUUACGACUGAAGAAAAAAAAGACAUGAACAUCUUGGAUGACAAGGGGGUGAGUAAAUUAUCUGUAAACUGUUGUUUUGGAAGUGGACUUCUCCUUUAAAAAGUUAAAUAAAUUAUUAUCUUUAAUCACUAAGGAUGCAUUAAAUUGAUCAACAGUAAAAUAAAAUGUAUAAUGUUCCUAAAGAUUUCUAUUUUAAAGGGAACCCUCGGUAUUAAGACUUUAAAUGUAGGCUUAAACCAAAUGCUGCACCAUCAUUUUGUCCUCACAAAGAGACUAAAUGUCCCCAGAUAUCGAGUGAAAUCCACACUUGCUUAUUCCGAGUUAUGUUGUGGUAAAAAUAGUUUUUUUCAUAGGUUUUCUUCUACUAAUUUUAGUAAGAGACAUCAUUUACGUUAUAUUAAGCCAUUCAAGUCUUAAUACCCAGGGUUCCCUUUAAGUAAAUCCUGAUCUUUUGAAAUCAUAAAAAAUCUUGAAAAAAAAAUAAAAAUGUUUCUUGAGCAGCAAAUCAGCAUAUCAAAAUGAUUUCUGAAGGUUCCUGGGACACUGAAGCCUGGUGUAAUGAUGCUGAAAAUUCAGCUUCGAUCACAGGAAUAAAUUACAUUUAAAAUAUAUUGACAUAGAAUACAGUUAUUUUAAAUUGUAAUAAUAUGUCACAUUUUUACUGUAGUUUUGAUCAAAUAAAUGCAGCCUUGUUGAGCAGAAAAAGACAAAACCUAGAUCCCAAACUUUUGAAUGGCGUUGCAUUUUCUGUGCUAUUCAACGUUAUGCCUGUCGAUACAGCUUAACUUGUAUUGAACUUAUUUUGCCACUUUAUACAUGAUUAGAGCAUUUUAAGCUCUGGUCUUGCUCUUCAACAUGUUCAGGCUGAAUGUUACUUGUGCACAACAGAAAAAAAAAUACUUUGAGACUCUUUGUUUAUCCUGCACACUGUGGAUUUUGGUUACUGUGUAUGUUAGACUGAAGCAGUCUUCUCUAUUUCUUCCUCUCAAUAAUUGUAACCUCACAUCAGCUGACAAAUAUAAAAAACGAAGCAUUCAACAUUCAAAUGAUUAUGGGUUUACACAAAUCAGCACUUACUGACACAAUGUCACAUAUUUGUGCUAUCACAAGAAGAAGUUCAGGUUUACAUCAGAAAGCUGCGUUUUUGUCUCGAUAACAAUAUUCUGGAAAACAAACAACUGACAUCCUGUAAUCUUACAUCCAGAUACUUCAAAACAGGAUCCCAGGUGAACAGUCGCACUGGGCUUCUCUACAGGGAAUAUAAAGAGUGCCUCGACACUGCUAACAUGCAAAGUGUGGGCACUAGCUGCUGUCUUUACCAAAGUAAGCUCACUUCUGCUUCAUAAGGUGGAUGACUUCAAUCUACCACACACAAAACACAAUUUUAAAUGUUCCCAGAUAGCUUUCAGAUGAGUUUCACAGGCAGGCCUGUGACAAUCCCAUGAUGCAUCGCGGCAUGUUACAUUUAAGUAGCUGUAGAGUGUUUCCUAAACCUGCUAUGUUUCAGCAUCCCAUUCUGAGGGACACUUUAGGGUCUUUAAAAUAGUAUUAUAACUAGUAGUGAUUUAGGAAAAAGUAUUUAUAUGACUAUUCUAAUACUAUACGGAAAAACAACAUAAAUUUUAACAAUGCAAUGCAAGGCAGUUUCACAAUUGGCAUUUACAUUACUAUUUAAGGUGCAUAACCUCACCACACAGGGGAGGAAACCUCACAAGCAUGGUUCAUAAAGACUUAAACCCUUUGCGAUUUGAAUGUUUCUGAUCUAGCACAUGCGAUAGUUAUAGAAGCGAAUAGCACCUUAAAUAUAGAAUGGCUUAUUAUAAGGAAAACAGUAGUUUUUAUAGUACGAGAUUGACCUCUACAGUGAAAAGGGGAUAACAGAUCACCCUAUGGAGAGUAUAAAACAAUCUGCUAUGCAUUUUCCGCCAGUUAUAAACUAAUAUCAGAGAAUGUUUUUUCUGCUUUAAUAAAUCAGAUUAAGAGCUGACCUGCAUGUGCAAGGCUGUUGUAGCUGGCAGCAAGGGAAUGUUGAUGAAUAUUGUUUUAAUUUAGAAACCCAUAAAUAUAUGCUGUGCUUUGAAUGUAGAUCCAGAACAGUAGAGAUUGAGUUCCCCUCCAUUAUAAAAAUACAUGAUGGACUGUUAAUCUUUUAGCGGGACGAGUGAACUCUUCAGUAUCUUACUAAGCAUUUGUUAUAGCACUCAGGAACAUUUGCUGACUCUUGUCAUUAACAUAAAGAUAAAGAGACAAGGUUUUAUCCUAAAGAGUUAUCGUAAAGUGUUGCAAUUUGAAGGUAAUUUGGAAAUGGAUGAUUUUAAGAAUGGAUCAUUUACAGUAUGCCAACCGUCCUAUAAAUAACAAGACGUGUACAUUUCACAGACAACUGCAUCAGUCUGUUAGCAUAUGAUACAUAUGAAAAAUUUCUACUUUUGAGUUUUUUGUUACCAAUUUAGAACAUUUACAGUCAUGUAACACUAUGAUAUAAAGCAAAAUGGGAUUGAUGGGGAUAAGAAUGUACUGAGAUAUGACAGGUAUCAUGUGCACAUACUAUAUGAUUGUACAGUUAACACAUUUUGAUCUUCCCAGAAUUUAUUGCUCAGCUUUUGCUCUUCAGAGUUCAGUUCCGUUAGAAUUCCGGAGGAGAAAUUAAAAGACACGAAUGAGAUAAUCGUUAACAUACGGAAGAAAAAAAAUAAAUAAAAUAAAAUAAAAAAAUAGUUCAUCCCAAAAUGACAAUUUUCCAAAAAUGUACUGUAUUAACCAUCAAGCCAUCCAAUAUGUAGAUGAGUUUGUUUCUUCUUCAUCAGAACAUAUUGUACCAUUACAUUACACUCUUAAAAAUAAAGGUGUUUCACAAUGCCAUAGAAGAACCUUUUUGUCUAAAUGGUUCCAUAAAGAACCUUUAACAUCUGAAGAACCUUUCUGUUUCACAAAAGGUUUUUUGUGGCAAAGAAGGUUCUUCAGAUUAUACAAAUGUAUGCAAGAAAUGGUUCUUUAAAGAACUUUUGACUGAAUGGGUCUUUGUGGAACCAAAAAUGGUUCUUCUGUGGCAUUGCUUGAAGAACCCUUUGAAGCACCUUUAUUUUUAAGAGUGCAUGUCACAAAUGAAUUUGGUAAUGAAUGGGUGCCGUCAUAAUCAGAGUCCAAACAGCUGAUAAAGCAUCACAAUAAUCCACAAUUAAUUCACACAACUCCAGUCCAUCAAUUAAUGUGUUGUGAAGUUAAAAGUAUGUGUUUGUAAGAAACAAAUCCAUCAUUGUAUCUUUGAACCAUCAUUUCUGGCUGAAAAUACGAGUACAUAAUCCAUAAUAACUCUUUCUCCAGUAAAAUAAAAAUCAAUUUCCUGUUUUCCUCUCACAUCAAAAUUCACCAACACAUUUGUUCAGAACUGUUUUUUGCUUUUAAACAGAGCUUGGUCUGUGCAUAUUAUGCAAUAUUAUGGACAGAGGUCUCAUAUUUUAUAUGGAAGCAAUGGUUUAAAGUUAAAACAUCUUGAUGAUGGAUUGGUUUCUUACAAACAAAGCUUUUUACUUCUCAAGAUGUUAACUGAUGGAUUUAAGUGGUGUGGAUUACUUGUGGAUUUCUGUGAUGUUUUUAUCAGCUGUUUGGACUCUCAUUCUGACGGCACCCAUUUACAACAGAGGAACCUUUGGUGAUCAAGUAAUGCUAAAUUUCUCCAAAUCUGUUCUGAUGCAGAAACAAACUCAUCUACAUCUUGGCCUGAGAAUGAGUAAAUAUUUAGAAAACGAUAAUUUUUGGGUGAACUAUUCCUUUAAGCAAACGUCUGCAUUUAAUCAUGUUACUGUCUUGGAGAAGCAACUGAAAUAUUAAAGAGAUCUCAUUUGUGAGUUUUUAAUAAUCCAAGACUCCCUAACACAGAUUGUAGAGACUCUUUGUGAGCAAAAUAAAUCAAGCUAAUCCUGUGGUUAUACAUCAGGUAGGAGCGAGUUACUCAGAACAUUAUGUUCCUAACUGCAGAGAAGAUACCCCAUGCCUUAAUGUAAAGUACACAAGCAGAAACGUUCUUGGUAUUCACUGUUUGUAUUUGAAAUGUAAUGAAUCCUUUAUGUAUUAUAUGUGUUGCACAACAAAUAGGUGCAUAAUGUGUAAAAUCUGUGUCAUAUUGUUUGUUUGAUGGUUUAUUCAUCUCUAGCCCAUUGCAACCAUGUGAUUUUCACUGUAUUGUCUCUGUGUUAUGUGAACGUGUGAUCAUCACAUUGCCUUUCACUGCUAAAAUGAUAUAGACUGCUGAGUCUGUUCUCCUAGAAUUAGUGUGGUAAUCUGUACCACUAUAGGUACAGAUGGAGAAUGUGGAAUAGUAUGAUAAAAAAAAAGUAUGUACUGAAAUGAAAAACUAUCAGGGGUGCGUUUCCCGAAAGCAACUAUGGUCGUAAGUUCCGUCGUUACCAAUAGAUUUCAAUGGAACUGACUACCAUAGUUAGCUUACGAUGCUUUUGGGAAACGCACCCCAGUUAGGUGCACAUUGUGAACCUUUUCAAUCUUGAAUACCUUGACAUGCUGUGUGCAAAUAGGCAAACAUCAGUCCGCUAUAUGAAUGCUAUAAAACAAAUCAAAUAAAAAAUUCUUGGGGAUACUGUGCAAUAUGCAGCAUAAUAUACUGCAUAUAAUGUCCUCCAAAGUAAUCAUGCACUUCCAAGCAGUUUCAGCCACAGAAGCAUGUCUUCUAUUUUAUUUCACUCUCAGAUAAGAUACAUAAUCAGGGUUUAAAGCAGAAAAAUACAAUAUGUAAGUUAAGAAUAUAAUGAAAUAAUUGCUUUAAAAUCCUAUAUGAGCCAAUUUUAACAAGCUCUAGGUCCUAGUGCCACCACUGCAAAGAAGCACAAACCAAACAAGAGUGUCAGCAGCACCACGAAAUGUUGUUUUUGCUGCACAAUUACAAUAACGUAGGGCCAGUGCAGCAAAGAAGCCAUGAAAGCCUUGAAAUCAAAUGACUGAAAGCAAAACUUGAAUGUUCUCUCAGUAUCUAGAAGCCUGAUGUUGACCAUUUGUAUGGGAAACAGGCAUCAUUUCCAUGAGCUGGUAUUGGGGAGGGGGAGUUUGUAUUUUCAGGAAACCUGCAGCAUGUGUUCUUGAAAUGUGUAAAUAGUGUUUAAUAAACACAAACUAGCAGUUUG